AUGGGUGCAUUAUGCGAUAAUUCUUCACAUUUUUUAAUGGAUUUUAAUAAAACAAGUAAUUUUGAUAAUGAGAAUUUCAGAUUUAAAGAAAUGGAUGUCUUAACUAAUCGAAUUGAUAAUAAAUUUAAAAUUAUUCAUGGAAUACUUACAUUUAGAGAUGAAAAAGUCAUAGAACAAUUAAAGAAAAAGACUUAACAUGCAAAUAGUUUAAACAUUCAUCAUUGGUAAAUUAAAAAUGAUGAUUUACAUGUUUAUUUUGAUUAUCCAGAACCAAUUUCAUAAAUAGAUAAUUUUGAACAUUUGGAAGUAUGGAAAUUAAUUAAUCAUAUAACUAAAAUACUCUCACUCUUAUAAGAUCUUAAAAUGCAUUAUUGUGCAUUAAAUCCUAAUGGAAUCUUUAGAGUUUAUACACUUUAAUAGAAAUAUGUAUAUAAAAUAGCUGAUUCAUUCUUAUUUAGACCUUUAUAUAUGAAAUAUUAUUAAAGUCCAACAAAUUAUUAUUAACAUGAAUAAAUAGAAUAUUUUAAAUCAGAUGUAUUUGCAUUAGGAUUAGUAUGUCUAUAUUGUUUAGGAUUAAAAGAACCUAAAAAUUUCUUUAAAUAAAAAUAAUUUGAUUUUAAAGAAUUAUAAAUUAAAAUCAAAGAAUUAAAUUUACCUGAAUAUUUAAAUAGAUUUUUAGAUUAAACAUUAAUAGAAUAAGAUGUAUAAAGACCUAAUUGUUAAUAAUUAUAUUGUUUUGUUUUAAAAUUAAAUGAAGAAUAUAAGAUAUAGAUUGAAAAUAUAGAAUUAAAAUUGUAUAAUCAUGCAUUUCAAAAAUAAACUAAUUAGAAUUAAUAAAAAGUAAUUAAUGAUGGGGAAAAAGUAGAAAUUCUUAAUCCAGAAGCUCCAUUUGAAUGUACACAUUAUGAUCUUUCAACUUGGUGUCAUUUUAUUGGUCGUGUAGCUAAUGGGAAGAGAAAUGGAAAAGGAGAAUUAAAAUUUAAAAAUGGAUGUAGAUUCAUUGGUACAUUUAUCAAUGGUUUAGCUAAUGGAACUGGAAUCUUUUAUUAUGGUUAAUAAGAAAUAAUUGGUUAUUGGAGAGAUGAUAUAUUUAUGAAAUGA